AUGGGCAAACCUGGGCCGACCUCUUGUAGGCUUGCCCACUCAUCGGCCAAGCCCAGUCCUACUUGUCUCACACCGUCCACUUCAUUACACUCCACCUCAUCAUGUCCUGACAGUCGCUCCAUAGCCCACAAACCCACGAAAAACCGCGACUUCAUCGUGUAUGCAAUGCACAAAGUUGACCCAUCUUGCACGCCCCGACUUCUUUCCUGCCACCUCGGUCUUCGCUUCCCAAGCCCUCCCAGUUCCCUUCCUCAAGUUGUCACUACGGCCAACCAUCCCAGGCGAAUACACAAACACACAUACACACACACACACACACACGCACACGCACAGAGAAAAUUCACACAUACGCUUCAUUCCAUCAGUCGCAUUUCAGCCCUGCUCAUCUGCCACACACUAAGCGCCAAAGUCACAUACCAGCAGUCGUCAAUCACUCGGAUCGAGGCUGCGUCGAUCACGCCUCAUCAAGGUCCCCCUGGGGCUGGCCUGCUUCCUGAGGCCGAGCAUAAUGAGACAAGGGAUCAUUUACCAGCGCCGUCGUCGUGGCCUUGUCCUUUCUCCUCCACCCUCACUCACAGCCUAGUCUGCGCAGGUUGUCGAGACCCCCUUCAUGUCGCCUUGACGACCAGCCCCAUCUGCGGCCCUGUUUUCGAGCCUCCGUCUCGCACCCCUUCUUCCAGUAGACCCUUGUGA